CUCAGAGUUAACAUUUGGAGAUAAAGAACUAGUACAGUCCCCAGAUUUAACCGUCUGUGAUUAUAUAAGCAGGAACACUGUGUUGUUCCACAUAUUCUCAAUCUCAUGAACAAGAUAGCCAUGAAGUCCUUGGUUUUCCUGGCGUUGGUCGCUGUUUGCAGCGGACACAGAAUCCAUUAUAGAAACAACUGCAACAAAGAAAUUUGGGUCGGAAUCCUCGGCAACAGUAAUCCUGAUCAAGGCGGAUUUAAACUUUUUCAUGGACAAAGCCACAGUGUAAACUUCCCAGCUCACUGGUCCGGCAGAAUGUGGGGACGUACCGGAUGUGGCGGAUCUCGAUGUGAGACUGGAGACUGUGGCGGAGGACGACUCCAUUGUAACGGUGCAGGAGGCGUGCCCCCCGUUACUCUAGCAGAAAUCACAUUUGACGGUGCCGGAAACCAAGACUUUUACGACAUCAGUUUGGUUGAUGGUUUUAAUCUUCCUAUGAGCAUGCGCCCCAGAGCCGGAACUACCGAAGGGCAAUCGGGAGCAUACUAUUGCUCUUCUGCUGGCUGCUAUACCAACGUUAACGCCAUUUGUCCUAGCGGAAUGCAGUUGUACGGGACCGGUGGAGUCGUGGCUUGUAAGAGCGCAUGCCUGGCCUUUGGUAACCCCGAAUACUGCUGUAGUGGAGCACAUAACACGCCACAGACAUGUCCAAACUUCUCAUACGCCCAGACGUUUAAGAACGCCUGUCCACAGGCCUACAGCUACGCCUACGACGACCACAAGAGUACGUUCACCUGCCGUGGAGCCGGAGGGAGACAGUCCGAGUACGAUGUCGUCUUCUGUGGAUAAACUAAUUAAUUUCAUAUUGUUAGAUAUAAAUAAAACUUUUUUUCUUGUUAUGAACAUUAGAGUUUGUUGAAAUACUUUCAUUGUUCUUAACAAUUAUCUAUUUUUGACAUUUUAACAUUAAAAUGCUUUCUUUGGUGAUUUAUGCGGAAUAUGAAGGUUGUGACAUUGCAGAAAAAAAAUAAUUAAUUGCAUGAAUUAAAGCAUUUUAUUGUUUAUAUUUACAUUUUUCUUCCUAAUAAAUUGACCGUAAGUUACUAAA